AUGUCUCUUCCCAAAACCGCCGUGAAAUCAUCCAAUGCUCCCGCACCCCCGCCUUUCCUUUCGCAGGCCAUCGUAAUGGGCGAUUAUGUCUUCUGCUCUGGUCAGAUUGGUAGCAGCCCCGAGACCGGUGCCCUUGUGCAAGGCUCGAUUCAGGACCGAACUAGGCAAAUCAUGUCGAACCUGCGUGCUGUUCUGGAAUCCGCGGGUACCAGUUUAGACAAUGUCGUCAAGUGCAACAUCUUCCUCACCAGCAUGAGCGACUUCGGCGCUGUUAAUGAGGUGUACACUACCUUCUUCUCUGCCCCGAUGCCGGCCCGCACUUGCGUCUGCGUGAAGGAGUUGCCUAUGGGCACCGAUGUCGAGAUCGAGUGCAUUGCCGGCGUACGAAGCGCACACAGCCAGAAGCUGUAA